UCAUUUGACAUUGGCAUAUGUUAAAGGUGGGAGCAUGGCCAUGUGUUGAUUAUUGUAUUUCACUCAUUGAGCGAUUGAAAUUAGGGAAAAUAAUUUGUCAAUUUUAUAACAAUGACGGAAGAUAAAGAAAAAAGUGGUAGUGAAAAGAGUGAUAGUGAGGAUCAGGGCUCCCACGAAGAACAGCAAGUUGAAAUUAAAGAGAACCAUGAAGAAGACACAGGGACUUUUCAAGAACUUGGUGUCGUUGACGUUCUGUGUGAAGCUUGUGCAGAGCUGAAAUGGAAACAUCCAUCCAAGAUCCAAAAAGAAGCUAUACCUGUAGCAUUACAGGGUAAAGACAUAAUUGGCUUAGCGGAAACUGGUUCAGGCAAAACAGGAGCAUUUGCUUUACCCAUACUCCAAGCGCUGUUAGAAAAUCCACAAAGAUACUUUGCUCUGAUUCUCACACCCACAAGAGAAUUGGCAUUCCAAAUAUCUGAGCAAUUUGAAGCCCUUGGUGCCAGUAUAGGUGUGAAGUGUGCAGUAAUAGUUGGAGGUAUGGACAUGGUGGCACAAGCUCUCAUCCUGUCUAAGAAGCCACACAUCAUCAUCGCCACCCCUGGCCGUCUAGUGGACCACUUGGAGAAUACAAAGGGAUUCAAUUUAAAGGCACUUAAAUAUCUUGUGAUGGAUGAAGCAGAUAGAAUAUUAAACAUGGACUUUGAAGUGGAAGUUGAUAAAAUACUACGCGUCAUUCCUCGUGAACGCCGCACUUACCUGUUCUCGGCGACCAUGACCAAGAAAGUGCAGAAGUUGCAGCGAGCCUCCCUUCAAGACCCUGUCAAGGUGGAAGUUUCCACUAAAUAUCAAACUGUGGAGAAGCUGCAGCAGUACUACAUAUUCAUACCCGUGAAGUUUAAGGACGUAUACCUGGUUCACAUCCUGAACGAGCUGGCGGGCAAUUCGUUCAUAGUGUUCGUGUCGACAUGCGCGGGCGCAUUGCGUGUGGCGUUGUUGCUGCGGGCGCUGGGAGUGGGCGCUGUGCCUCUACAUGGACAGAUGUCGCAACAGAAAAGACUGGCCGCACUUAAUAAGUUUAAAAGCAAAGCUCGCUCGGUGCUGAUAUGUACUGAUGUCGCUUCUAGAGGUCUGGACAUCCCUCAUGUCGACGUGGUAGUCAAUUUGGACAUUCCUUUGCACUCCAAGGACUAUAUACAUCGUGUUGGAAGAACUGCACGUGCGGGUAGAGCUGGAAAAGCUAUUACUUUUGUUUCGCAGUAUGACGUGGAGUUGUACCAGCGUAUAGAACAGCUGAUCGGCAAACAACUGCCGCUGUACAAGACGGACGAGAACGAGGUCAUGGUGCUGCAGGAGAGAGUCGCCGAGGCGCAGAGGCUUACUAAGAUUGAAAUGAAAGAGUUGGAAGACAAGAAAGGCUCCAGAGGAAAGAAACGCGGCGCCGACAGCGACGACGACACCGAGGAGGCGGUCGGAGUCAGGAGGCGGAUCAAGGGCAAGAACAAGAACAAACAUGGCGGGAAGAGGAAACGAUGAUGAAAUACAAACAUUGAUAAUAACAUGGACUCUCAUUUACGGAUUUAUAUAAUAUAAUGUUAUUCUUAUAAAUAAUAUUGGAAUCUUGAGAGGGUGUAACUUGCUUUGGACGGUCUCUACUGUUAAGAGAGGAGUUAUGGGAGUGAUUUAAUAAUUAUUGGUGACAGUAUAGAAAAUAUAUUUGCUUUUAUUAGUAUUUAAAUGAGAGCUUUCAACAUGGACGAGCUGCGAUCAAAACAAUCGCUGAUGGUUUUAAUAUGAUAAAUUAUAAUACACUGAUUUUAGAAAUUAAAGAACAGAGAUCAUAGUUGGUGAGGAUCUGAAUUAUCUCUGAGAUAUUCGUUUCUUAUUUGUUAUAUGGAGGGAUUAGUUUUUAUCUUUACCCUUAUCAUUGGUUCCCAUGUGAUGGUGGUGCUCCUAAAAAUGUCCUUGUGUUAGUUGUAUUAAUGAAGGUAGUUGUGCGGUUCUCUUUAUAAAACCAAAUUCAAAAUCAACGGUACAGACUCUAGUUCAACUAUUUACAGACACGUGGUUAAAGUGAUGACAACAGUUUAACCUCCUUAAAUAAAUAAUUAUGUAAGUUUGAAACACUUUUCCAGUGUUCGGGGUGACUUAACUUAGUAAACGUAUGGAUGUCAGUGAAUUGCAAGCAAACAAAAUGUUUCAAUGCUUUCUUACAAUUUAUUCUACAAAGUAAACAGUCAUCUCUUUCAAAUAAAAAAAUAAAUAAAAAGAAAUGCGAUAAAACGCGCCCGCCCCAAAACGAGGCGACGCCCUAAACCGACGCUCUUACAGACUAACCGUUAAGAAGAAAUCACAACAUGUUUUUUAAUGUUUAAUCGUUAUUUAUUAUUUCUAUACAAAUAGAACUGUACAGAUAUUUUUUUAAAUUAUUAUUUACCUCAUUUCAUGUUCUCUCACGAUAGACUUUUUACAAAAAUGAAAACUAUCAACACCACGCACGGAAUAAGGAGAUCACGCGCUCUCGCCGUUCACCGCUCGACCGCCCGUCCCCAGCGGCGCCUCGCCGCGUGUGCUCGAGCUCGGGCGCGGCCGAUUCGCGCCACGCCGGCUCGAGCUCGAGCACACGCGCUCCCGCCGCGCCGCCUCCAGUCACCCUCUCUGCUCCCACAAUAGGAAUAUUUCACUUGUAUCGGAUCGGCGGCUCGCACCAUCUGGCAGCUCUAUUCCGUAGACAUGCAGACAUAUACUCUUUCACCUCGCUCUAUACAAGUUAAUAUCACAAAUAAAUAAGUACGAUCCCAGCAAUCCUAUUUACUUUUUCCGAUACACUAUAUUUAUAAAUAAAAUACACAUGGCAGUGAUUAUGUACACGCUCGAAUAGUUCUUCUACGAAUUUUGUUCAAUUUAAAUGCACUAAAUAAUAGAUUUACAAUAAUUUUUAUGCUAAGGUAGU